UGCUAUUCACGGCUUUGCAACUUUGUAUAGUCACGUGGUUUUGUUUACCAUGCUUUUAUCUCAAUUAUAUGCGGUGGGAUGAAAGACUCCCACUGGAAGUAGGAGUGGACUUAUAUUUCUAUGCUAUUGGAAAGACGACAGGUGGAGCGUGGAGCACGUUGUCUUUAGCUAACCUCUCUUACAGUAUGUUAGAAGGUUAUAUUUGUUAAAGAUUUCUGUACUUUAAGAAAAUGGGAAAGCAAAAAAGAGAGAGGAGAAAACCUUCUAAGAAAAAUCCUACUGGCCUGCCGUCUGUUAAGGAUUUUGAAUUAGCUGAAGCCGAAAACAUUACGAAUGAAGAUCAAGAAAACGCUUUGCAAAGAAUAUACGAAGAUGUACAGUCUGCUAAUGUUGAGGAAGUAUUGUCUGGAUUGCAAACAUUGGAAUCAAUGUCUUGCGAUUCAAAGCUUGCUGUGCAGAUCGCAAAAGAUGGAAUUGCUAAACUAAUAGGACCAUUGCUUGUUGAUCGCAAUGUACUUGUAAGAGCUGAAAGUGCCAUGACUCUAAGGAACAUUGCAGAUAAUGGGAAAGCAGAAGCAUACGAGUCUUUACUAAAAGAUGAUAUCAUGACUCCACUGUGUAGUUUAUUGAAACAAUAUUAUACAGACUGGCAGCUGACACUUGAUCAAAAUGAAAAAAACAAAGUAAACGAUGAAAAGAAAGCAUUUGUUCAAGCAGUCACAUUGUUAUGGACACUAUGUGAAAAUAAUGAACUUGCAGUAAAAUAUUCGAAUCAAGAAGAUCUUGCUUGCAUUUUAACAAAGUUUUUUGACAUUACUAUUUACGGUAUAGAAAUUGUUACAGUGACUGUACAAUGUUUACUAUCUUUGUCAGAAGAUAAUACCACUGCUAUUGAUAAACUUAAAAGCUGUGAAAAUACACUUCUUCAACUGUUAAAUAUAGAAACGAAUGAUUUUAACAUUUCUGAUGUAAUAUGCCUUAAAACUGCUGUUACUGGACUAUUAAUAAGUUUAUUUAACUAUGUAGAAAAUAAUUCUAUGAGUACAGUUUCUAAAGGUGUAGCUGUGCUUUCUGAAACACUUUCUAUUGAUUGCAAAGAGUUAUUAUCUAAUUUAUCAUCAAUUUUACCUCAUGAAAAAAAUACUUUCUUAGGCAGUGCAAGAAAGAAGGUUCAGGAUAGUAGAAAAAUAUUUGGCUCGCAACAAUUAGCAUUAGAAAUUUUAACUAAUUUAUGUUCCGAAGAACAAGAAAGUGACAAUGAUUCUAAUUUAGAUAAUUCAGAUUGCGAGAGCGAUAGUAUAGAUGAUGUAGAUAUGGAUGACAAAUUAUUUAUUGCAAAAUUUUCUCUACCCAUGGAGGUAAUUGAAGUUUUCAAUAGUUGUAACAUAAUUAAAAAAGUAUGGGAUAAAACUUUAGCUGUGGACAAAGAUACAGUAGAAAUACUGGAACAAAAUGUGGAGGGACAAGCUAUUUUACAGCAAAUGCAUACAUUGAAUUGUACAGCUUACCUCUGCUUAAAUAAUUUAAUAUCUCAUUUAGAAAUUGAUAUACUUGGUGGUAUGGAAAAUGUGUAUAGAAUGUGGGCUGAUAUUGGUACAGUUGUUUUCAAAGAUGGUAAUUCAAAAAAUAUUGAAUUAUUGGAAUCUGCUACUACAACUAUGAGGGCAGCCCUUCAAAGAUUAUCCGAGGCAAAACCGAACAUUUUCAACCAAUUAACAUUAACUGACAUUGAACUAAUGUUGAAUGGCGAACGUCAGUGUCCAAAUGCUAACGUUCGAGCAAAUUUAAUACGAAUGUUGGGCAAUCUUGUUUUAAUUUUAAUUAAUAAUGAUACCCCUGAAAGUUAUGAACUAAUCAAAUAUGUAUCAACGUUUUUAUUAAAUACUUGUACGAUUGAACCAAAGGCUUGGGUGAUAGCAGAAUCGUUGGAUGCGAUAAUGGAUGCAUAUUCGGAAGAUAAUAGUGAUCAGUUAGCGCGUGAAAUUAAAUUAACAGAAACAUUACGUGAUGUAAUACCACGUUUUAAGAAUAUUGUGGGACAACAGAAGAAAACUUUAGGAGAUAACAUUGCAAUAGUGUCUACAGUAAAUUCAAAUAUCACAAGAUUUAUAAAAUAUAAAGAAAAAAGAAUAAAAAAUGUUUAAGAAACUACUAUUCAAAAUUGAAACUAAUUUUGCUACUUAGUUUUUAUAUAGAAUGUUUUCAUUGUCUUCGUUAAGAUAUGUAUUGGCUGUAGAUUGAUGAACUGAAAUAAUACAUGUAUACAAUAUAAGUAUGUUAUUUAUGACACAAUAUUGUAUAUAUAAAAGCUUCAUUAAAGAUGUUUGUGUAUCACGAGGAAACAAAGACUGGAGGAGUUUGUAAAUUGUAUAAUCAUAAGACCAUGGAAUUCUAUUGUAAUGAAAUUUAAAAACAUGAAUUUUGUAAAUAUUACAAAUAAAAAAAGCUUUUUGCAGAAUUUUUGUAAUUAAUUAUAUACGUAUUCCACGUUACGAU